GCGGGCGGCGGGCGGCGGGUUGGGCUGGACUUCUGAGCACCGCCCCGCAGGGCCUCGGUGAUCAGGGCGUCCGGGGCUCCGCCGCGCGGUGUGGACGCGCCGGGCUCGUCCGGCAGGCAACCUCGCUUUGCCGGACUCCGGCGAGGUGCAAGGAGGUCCCUCCUUUACCGAGUGCUUACUGUGGGCUCCGUGCUGUGCUAAGCGCUGUAGAUGCACGAUUUCGGUUAUUUCAAACAAUCUUGUGAAAUAGGUGUUGUUAUCAUCCCUGUUUUACUAAAUUGGAAAGCGAGGUUCAGGGAGGUUACAUGGCCCAUCCGGGGUCACACCUACAGUGUUUGUGAGCGUUUUUUCGAAGAGCAAUUCUUGUACACGACCCAGCAGUUGGACUUCCACCGUAUACAUGCAAGAGAAUUGAAAACCUAUCCCCACAAAAACCUGGACAUGAAGGUUCAUGGCAGUGCUGAACGGAGAAACAAAUGGCAGCCUAUCUAUGCGGUGGAAUGUUAUUCAGCCGUAAAAAACCAUGGAGUACUGACACACGCCACAACAUAAACGAGCGCUGAGAAACAUGCUAAGUGAAAGGAGGCAGUCACAAAGGACCACACGCUGUAUGAUUCUGUUUGUACUAAAUAUCCAGAACAGGUAAAUCCACAAAAAACAGAAGUAGAUCUGUGGUUAUCAGGAACUGGAGGAGGGAGAAGUGAACAACGACUGCUUAAUGGCUAUGGGAUUUCUUUUUGGGGUGCUGAGAAUAUCCUGGAAUUAGACAGUGAUGCACAGGUUUGUGAAUAGACCAAAAACUACUGAAGAACUGUACACUUGAAAGAGAAGUUUAUGGCAUGUGAGUUACAUCUCAAUUUUUAAAGAAAGGAGGAUUUAACGUGUGCAUUUCAAAUGCAGAGAUCAAUAAGGGGGUGGUGUUGAGUCUUGUUACUACUGCAUUAACAUUUUCCAGUAGUAAUCUCCACUUUGUUUCUAGGUCACCUUGACCUGGAAGGGAUUUGAGGAGUCCUGUUAGACUUCAGACAACUGAGUUCCAGAGUGCAUGUGUUGGGACCAAAGCCUGUUUUUCUGUUUCUAUAUUGGAAUUAAUUUGACAGCACGCAUUGAUGGCUCUAAAGAAGUCAUCGCUCUCACUGGAUUCCAGUGAGAGCGACUCUGAAGAGUUGCCAACAUUUGCCUUCCUGAAGAAGGAACCGUCUUCAUCAAAGAGGAGGCAGUCUCAGAGGGAGGAGAAGAUUGUUGUGGUUCACACCUCGGAUUCUGAGGCCUCCUGUCCUCCGUCACCAAGGUUGAAAGAUGUACCACCUACCCCGGACACAGCUGAAUCCAUCACACAAAUAGAGCCAGUGAGGGUGCUAAGCAGUGGAAGUGAGGAUGAGGUAGAAUUAAUUCCCCUGGCCGAGAGGCUUGCAUGUAAGUUUUUGACCCACAAGCCACUGAGCCCUGAGGACUCUAGCUCCCCAGUUAAAAGUGUAUGGGAUCAUCAAAAUAGUGAAGGAGCAUCCUGUGACUGGAAAAAAGAACCCUUUCCAAAGGUCCCUGAUAUUCCCCUCCGUGACACCUCAGAGAGAUGUGCAUCAAAUAACAAGGACCCUGCGGGAGACAGUCCAUGCCACCAGCUUCCAGCCUUCAAAGCUACCUGCCCUAUCCAGAACAGCAGCUGGACAAAUGCUGAGGUCCCCCCACUUCAGAAGAGAACCAAGCCUAGCCAGGAGGUCCAGAGGAGCAGCUCGCAGGGACGCCAGCCGCGGAGACGAGCAAGCCCGAAGGAACGCGCCCUGGGACAACAGGAGAGGACCAAGAAGGCAGCCGUGGCUAACAGGCUGAAAGCUCAGAGGCCCGAGGAAUGCCUAAAGCACCUGGUCGUGAUGCUGGAUCCAGUGCUUUUGCAGAUGGAAGGGGGAGGCCAGCUCCUCGGGGCACUGCAGUCCAUGGAGUGCCGGUGUGUGAUCGAGGCCCACGCCGUGCCCUGCAGCAUCACCUGGAGGAGAAGGGCUGCACCAGCCGAGGUAGAUGGACAGGAAGACUGGGUGGAGGAACCGAUGGUCCUGGUGCUGCUCCCGGCAGAAGCGUUUGUGUCCAUGGUCCGGAACUUCAAGCAGGGAAGUGUGGGCAGCCCUGAGAAGGGGAAGGAAACACUGAGGAGCUUUGUGACCAACACCACGGCAAGGGCACCUGGGAAAGCUCUGUCCCUGGUUAUUGUGGAUCAAGAGAAAUGCUUCAGUGCUCCAAACCCCUCAAGAAGAAGGAAGCGGGGAGUGGCAGAUAGGGAACAGGCCAAGGAGAAGCAGCAGAGACGACCAGAGGCCAGCGCAGGGCGUGUGGUGUCCAGAGUAGACAUGGAAGAGGCGCUGGUGGAUCUGCAGCUGCACACACGAGCCCAGGCCCGACUGGUGCAGACCUGGAAAGAGCUGGCUGACUUCGCAUGCGCGUUUACCAAGGCUGUGGCUGAGGCACCCUUCAAGAAGCUUCGAGACCAAACUAGUUUCUCCUUCUGCCUGGAGAGUGACUGGUCUGGAGGGGCAAAGGUGGACCGUGCGGGCAGGGGACUCAUGCUGGUGUGGAGGAGACAGAUUCAGCAGCUGAACCGAGUCAGCCUGGAAAUGGCCAGUGCCAUCGUGGAUGCCUAUCCCUCCCCCCAGCUCCUGGUCCAGACGGUGCAGACUGAGGCCAGCCCUGGGGAAGUUGGAGAUUUGCACCUCACGAGCUUGGAAGAGGACCAUGGGAAGAGGCUGGAAGCACAAGCCUGGGUCGGGCUCACAAGAGACUCCUUCCCGAGUGUCAGAAUCUGCAGAGUCUCUCUGACACCUUGGCACAGGCAGCUGAGAUCUUGUGUUCACCUUCACAAGCACAGACUGUCCCUCUCCCAGGGAAACUCCGCUGCCGUGCACAAGUCACCCUACCCCAGCAGCCCUCAAAACACAAAGGAACAAAGACAGACCACUCAGACACGUAUUUAAUAACUGUAGAAAUCUACAAGAACCUCAGCUUCAAAUCUCGAGAUCAUGAGGGAACUUCCCUCAGCAGGCUGGCUGGAGGGAGCCAGGUGUGCCCUGCUGCCCUCUCACCCAGCCCUCCUGCUUGGGGGUCUGAUCCCUGGGCUGACUCCCCAUCCUCUUCAUCUCAUCUCACAUACUAUGUAUUUUGUUUCAAUAAAGCAUUUGUACCAAUGGC